CAGUUUAUACAUGUGGUUUCAGCAUGCCGAAAGGGUUUGGCAAGAAGACGAGCAAGCGGCAGACCUGCCGGAAUAAGUACAAAAUACAGAAAAAGGUCCGAGAACACAAUAGGAAACUUAGAAGGGACGCAAAGAAAAAUCCGCACCCCAAAAAGAAGAAGGAUCCUGGUAUCCCUAACAGUUAUCCGUUCAAGGAUCAGAUCUUGAAGGAGGCCGAAGAGAGGAAGAAUAGGAUUGAAGCAGAGCGUGAAAGAAUGAGAGAAAAACGAAAGAAAGACCGAGUCCGUCUGCUCGAGAAGAAGAGGAGUCUGAGCAGUCUCGUCACUGAUGCACAGAAACGAUCAGCGGCAUUUGAGAAGAAACAAGCUGUUACACAAGGAGCAACGGCGAUGGAAUUUGGCGCCAGUGAUGACAUUGAAACUUCCAGAAAGGCUUAUUUUAAAGAGUUCAAAAAGGUUGUGGAUGCCGCUGAUGUCAUUGUUGAGGUUCUCGAUGCCAGGGACCCAAUCGGUAGUCGCUGUCUUGAAGUUGAGGAGGCCGUCGUAAACUCUGGAGCCGCAAAGAAACUGGUGCUUUUGUUAAACAAAAUCGAUUUGGUUCCGCGAGAAAUUGUUGAAAAGUGGUUGAAGUAUUUAAAGAAUGAGUUCCCCACAGUGCUGUUCAAAGCGUCAACCCAGACGCAGAGACAGAACUUGUCCCAGAGCAAAAUGCCCAUCAAACUGUCCUCGGACGAACUGAUGAAAACCAGUCGAUGCCUCGGUGCGAGUACGUUAAUGAAACUUCUCAACAAUUAUUGCCGCAAUAAAGACUUGAAGACGACGAUUAUGGUCGGCGUAGUUGGGUUUCCCAACACGGGAAAGAGUAGCGUCAUUAACAGUUUGAAGCGGUCUAAAGCGUGCAACGUCGGCAAUACUCCUGGGGUCACCAAGGUUAUGCAGGAGGUUCUGUUAGACAAACACAUCAAACUGUUAGACAGUCCUGGUAUAGUGAUGGCCAAGGGGGACUCAGAUGCAGCUGUGAUCCUUAGAAACUGUGUAAAAAUUGAGACAAUAGAUGAUCCCAUCCCUCCAGUGGAGGCAAUCCUCCGGCGAUGCAACAAGGAGAAGCUCAUGCUACAUUACAGGAUAGGGAACUUCACGAGUGCCAACGAGUUUCUAUCCCUGCUUGCGCAACGACACGGGAAAUUAAAGAAGGGCGGCAUUCCUGAUAUCCAGGUGGCCGCUAGGUCUGUUCUGCAGGACUGGUCAAGCGGUAGGAUCACGUACUACACGCAUCCCCCAGAAGAGGCAAGCAAGCUGACACACGUCAGUGCAACCUUGGUGCAAACCAUGGCAAAGGAGUUUGAUAUAGACUCCCUGAUUCAGCAGGAAGAAGAGGCUCUUAGUGAGUGUAAGCCUCUUAAUGCCAAUCACAUGGCCAUCACAUCGGAAGGUCCGAUGGCUGGUGUCAUGGAAGAGGAGGAUGACGAAAUAGUUGAUGAAGAAAUCGAAUGUCUAGAUGAUGGUGAUUCUGAGGAAGAGAUGGUCGAGGAUGAAGAAAAUGAGUUGAAGGACGUAACCAUCGCCAUGGACUCUAAGAAACCAAGCGGUCGCGAGACACGUGCGUCUACCCGAGCCAAGAAGGAGGCGCCAGCGUUGGCCCCCGUGAACGCUGGCAACCUGCAGCGGGGCAAGGCCAAGAAGGAGGCUGCCAAGAAAGUGAAGAAGCAAAGGAAAAGAGCAGAUAAAAUAGCCGGGAAGUUGUCUGAUGCGUUGGAAGGAGCCAUGGCCUCCCUUGGAGGGAAAAAAGACGAAGAUUACGACUUUGGUGUGGACUUUAAAUGAACUGAGAGAUAACGGCACUGUGAACUUUGGUCUGAUUUUGUAAACUAUGAAAUCAUCGAAAAGCUACAAACAAGGGAUUUUUGUUGCUGAGACCUGUUAUCACAAUCGUUGCUAUGUGGGACAAAAAGAGCUCACAUCUGCGGAUAAACUUGGUCUGGGAGUGAUCCCAGUUGAUGUACAAACAAUGUAAAAAUUCAAAUAUCGAUCUAAUAAAAGUCUGAU